GCUACGGCAGCAUAGCGCCGCGCUCAAUGUGGGGCAAAGCGGUGACGAUGGGCUACGCUUUUUUCGGGAUCCCACUGACGCUGAUCUACUUGUCAAGCGCCGGGGGUUUACUGUCUAGGUGCGCCCGGGGCGUCUUCACGAGGGCCCUCUGCUGCUGCCUGUGCUCGAACUGCGGCUACUGCUGCUACGACGAGAGGCGGAUGCAGGAAAAGGAGAGGCGCAUGAAGAAGCGUCGACAGCAAGAGGAGCAGCUCCAGCAGCAGCAACAGCAGCUCCAGCUGCAAGAGCCGUUCUACGUGAGGGCCAACGUGUCGACGUACCCGAGCUCCGUCGAAGUCAAAGCCACGAGUCCCAAGGACGAAGUGUCGAGCCUCGGCUCGGGUGACCGGCCCAACGUCACGAUACUCGCCCCCAUAAGCAUCUGCUUCGGCGCCAUGGUCUGCUACAUCGUAGCCGGCGCCUUCGCCCUACACAAGCUCCUGGGCUGGACCUUCAUAGACGCGAGCUACUUUUGCUUCAUGAGCUUGAGCACGAUCGGCUUCGGGGACAUGGUGCCGGGCUCGUACCCCCACGAGAGGAGCCCCGAGGCGAGCAACGCGACCAUCUGGUUCUGCUCGUGUUACAUCAUGUCGGGGAUGGCACUCACUGCCAUGUGCUUCAACAUAUUGCACGACGAGAUCGUGCACCGGCUCUCGCAUCAGCAGCCCCACGCGCUCGUGGGUGGCGACCUGCAACUCCACCACCACCACCAGCAGCAACAGCAGCACCACCACCUGCACCAUCACCAGCAGCAGCAGCAGCAGCACCACCAGCUGAACGUCACCGAGGAGAGCCUCUGCAUGGGCGAGCCACCGGCCGUCGUCAGUAUCUUCGCCCACGAGAACGAGAUCAACAUACUCAAGGACUCGUACGGCAGUAACCAGGUCGACGUCACGCGCGACUGCAAGCCCAUACUCAAGCUCGAGGAGCACCUGAGACCCGUGCCCCCGCCUCCGGCCGUCUACACGCUCCCCGAGCUCGACGAGGAACUCGACGAGGCCAACACCGAGAUGUAA